GCCCAUCUUCGGGCUGUGCAGCCAUGCUCUGGGUGCCUUGACCGCACAGAAGCCCAUGGGGAGCCCCAGACAGGCAGCCCUGCUCCUGCCUCUCUGCCUGCUGUUCAUUGGCCUCUCUGCUUCCUCUGGGAUUGGCUGCCCCUGUCUGCCCCGCUGGAACACCCGCUGUCUGCUGGCCUCCCACAUGGAUGACAGUUUCACUGGAAGUUCUGCUCAUAUUCUUUGCCAUACCCGGUUGGCCCUCCCCACCUCCCCAAAGUCUUGGUGUGCUCCGCUCUGGCACUGCCCCUACUGUUUGUACCUGCGCCUGGUGUCAGCUCCUUCAGGCUUUCAGUGGGGCUGUUUCCACUGCCUGGUGCAGAAAUCCAAAAAGUUUUACAUGUUCCAGUUCUGUAGGAGACACAAGAUGCCAGCAUCUGCUCAGAGGAAAGUGCUGAGUAGCUGUUGCCUAUCUGAGAAGGGCCAUCACAUCUCCGUCGCCUCCCCAGACAUCUCCCACAAGGGGCUGCGCUCCAAAAGGACCCAUUUUUUGGAUCCAGUGACAGUGAAAAGCCUUCUGAGACAGAGCUCACAAAGGGGGCCCGAGUUCUCCUUUGACUUGCUGCCUGAGGCACGGGCCAUUCGAGUGAGCAUUCCCCCAGGCCCUGAGGUCAGCGUGCGUCUUUGUCACCAGUGGGCAUUAGAGUGUGAAGAGCUGAGCAGUCCCUUUGAUGCUCAGAAAAUUGUGUCUUGGGGCCACACCGUAGACCUGCUUUAUGAAUUCCUUCUGCCCUGUCUGUGCAUAGAGGCAUCCUACCUGCAAGAGGACACUGUGAGGCGCAAAAAAUGUCCCUUCCAGAGCUGGCCUGAAGCCUAUGGCUCCGACUUCUGGAAGUCAGUGAACUUUACUGACUACAGCCAGCACAGUCAGAUGGUCAUGGCCCUGACACUCCGCUGCCCACUGAAGCUGGAGGCCUCCCUCUGCCAGAGGCAGGGCUGGCACACCCUCUGCGAAGACCUCCCCAAUGCCACGGCUCAAGAAUCAGAUGGGUGGUAUGUUUUGGAGAAAGUGGACUUGCACCCCCAGCUUUGCUUCAAGUUCUCUUUUGGAAACAGCAGCCAUGUCGAAUGUCCCCACCGGACUGCCCCAUCCUGGAACGUGAGCAUGGACACUCAGGCCCAACAGCUGAUUCUUCACUUCUCCACAAGGAUGCAUGCCACAUUCAGUGCUGCCUGGAGCCACCCAGGCUUGGGCCAAGACAGCCUGGUGCCCCCUGUGUACAGCAUUAGCCAGACUCGGGGCUCAAGCCCAGUGACACUAGACCUCAUCAUUCCCUUCCUGAGGCCAGGGGGCUGUGUCUUGGUGUGGAGGUCAGAUGUCCAGUUUGCCUGGAAGCACCUCUUGUGUCCAGAUGUGUCUCAUAGACACCUGGGACUCUUGAUCCUGGCACUACUGGUUCUCACUACCUUCUUGGGCGUUGUUCUGGUCGUCACCCGCCGGCGCCCACUGUCAGGCCCUGGCGGAGCUCGGCCGGUGCUGCUCCUGCACGCGGCAGACUCGGAGGAGCAGCGGCGCCUGGUGGGGGCGCUGGCUGAACUGCUGCGGGCCGCGCUGGGCGGCGGGCGCGACGUGAUCGUAGACCUGUGGGAGGGGACGCGCGUGGCGCGCAUGGGGCCGCUGCCCUGGCUGUGGGCGGCGCGGGCGCGCGUGGCUAGGGAGCGGGGCACCGUGUUGCUGCUGUGGAGCAGUGCCGGCCCCAGCCCUCCCCGCGACCCCGACUCCCGCGCUGCGCCCCUGCGUACUCUGCUCCGCGCCGCCCCGCGGCCGCUUCUGCUGCUCGCUUACUUCAGUCACCUCUGCGCCAAAGGCGACAUUCCCCCGCCGCUGCGCGCCCUGCCGCGCUACCGUCUGCUGCGCGACCUGCCUCGCUUGCUGAGGGCUCUGGACGCGAGACCUUCCACCAAAGCUACCGGCUGGGGCCGCCUCAGCGCUCGGCGUUGCCUGCGCAGUCGUUUGGAGCUGUGUCACAGGCUGGAACUCCAGGCAGCCAAACUUGCCCAUCAAGACUGAGCAGAGCUCCUCCACAAUCCAGAUGUCUUAGCCGCAAGUGUAGGGGCACUGGCUGGCACCCCAGAAAGAGGCUUCUACCCUGAAAUCUUCGGGGUGCCUCCUGAGGACUACUGCCUGGAAAGCCUCAUUCCCUGCCUCCCAGGCAAGGACCAGAACACUUGACUCACUACCAGAUCCUCCACAUGUGUGUCCGUCUGGCUUCUUCUUGAUGCUUCUCUGCCUCGCAGAACCCCCAGAAAGAGUAUCUCUUUACUGAGAGCUCCUCUAACCGCAGUCCUGUUGUGGGGAGAGGGAUCUUCCACCUUCCUCUCACCAAAAUUCCAGAGAGUAGUCUGCACAUGCUGGAGAGUUUGGGACAGGGGUAGGAAAGGAAGGAGCUAUGGCAGUUCCGAAGCGGGGUGAUUCCAGGGAAGUGGGAGAAAACUCCCUUGGAGGCCAAGGAACCCCCUUUCCCAAACCCAGGCCUUGCCCAGAUGGGGAGGGAGGGAGGAUUCUGGACUCAAGGAAAAUGGCUUUGGCCCUGGGUGGCCAGGGCAAAGGCGGGACAGUAGAGACCAAGAUGGAGAAAGAUGAAUAAAGGCAAAUA